UACCUGUUUGAGCAGAGCUGAUGUGAGCGCGAGCACAUGCCACGUUGGGAGAGGAGCCAAGACCAACCAGCGCGAGGGAGCGAAGCGAGCCGGGCGCGCGAGGACUCUUUGAUUUAAUCCACCCGCUUAAAUAAGAACAAUAAAAGAAGAAGGAAGAAAAAAAAGAAAGAAAAUUGUGAAGUGGGUUUUAACAAACCUUCGAAUCAGAAACAGAGCUGACUAAGGAUCUGUGAGAAUCGCCAGGAUGAUGCACUUGUUGUCCCUCCUCUUCUCCGCGCUCCUGUGCCAAGUGUCGUCGCUGGAAAAAAGCGUCACCGGCCUGUAUGGGGAAACGGUGGAGAUUCCUUGCACCGUCGGAGCCAACAAAAUCGAAAACGUCACGUUGACGAAAUGGAAAUAUGAAAAUGUAGACCUUUUGGUCAAAUCUAAGGGCAAGGAAACUGUAAUCUUAGCCACCGAUGAGUACAAGGACCGCAUCAGCCUGGCGGCAAAUCUCAGCCUCCUGCUUACUGGAGCCAAACUGACCGACCAGCACACCUUCACCUGCCAGGCGUUGAUUACCACAAACAUUGGCCUAGAUAUUAAAGAUUUUUCACAUGCUCUAAUCGUCCACAAGGCGCCCGAAGCUCCUUUUAUAACUGAGAAGGCAGCAGAACUGGAGAUUGGCAAACUCACAAAGCUUGGAAAAUGCGUUGCAAAAAAUGCUAAUCCACCUGCAAAGAUCGUAUGGCUGAGGAACAACAAAACCCUUACGCCUGAAGAAAACCGGACUGUGAUUAAUGCGGGAAAUACCUCCAGCCCCUUAGACGCCGAAUCCACGCUGCUGUAUUCUGCGCGGAAAGAAGACACAGGCGCCCAGUUCAGCUGCAGGGCGGAGCACUCGCUGGCCAGUGGCCUCUUGUCCCCCCCACAGACCUUCGUCAUCAACUACUCCACAGAGAAGCUCAUCCUGGAGGUCAUCUCAAAUUCUCUACCCGUGGAGGGAAACGACGUGACUCUGAAGUGUGUGGCGGAUGGAAACCCUCGUCCCACCAGCUUUAACUUUCACAUCAAGGGAAAUGUGACGAAAGUGGAAAAUUCAGACAAUUACACCAUCACAAACAUCUCACGCAACGACAGCGGAGAAUACAAAUGCUCUCUAAUUAACCGCCCCUCGAUAGAAGCGGCCAAGAACAUCGUAGUCCAGUACCUAGACGUCAAAUUAAACCUAAAUAAGACGGUCAUCAGACGCGCAGGCGACUUUUUGAAUCUAAGUGUCGGCAUUGAUUCCUCCGCAACACCAACAGUCUCAUGGACAAAGGGAGGUGUUAAGAUGAACAAAGAGCCCAAGAUCACCAAGCUUGCCUACUCAGAUGCCGGUUUGUAUGAGUUGGAGGUGACGAUGGGCCCCCUCAGCAGAAAGGCUUCUUUUCAUCUGACUGUCGAAGGUGCUCCGGUUAUCAGAAAACUGGACGAUCAGAACGACAAAGACGGCCACCGUAAAGUCUUAAUUUGUGAGGCCGAAGGUUCCCCAAAGCCAGCUGUUUCCUGGAACAUCAACGGCACUUUGAUUGAUGAGAAAUCCUUCGACAAUGGCACAAUAAAACAUAAGAUCUCAGUGAUGCCCUCUGCAAACCUGAGUGUAGCUUGUACAGUGUCCAAUUUGUUUGGCAUUGACACCAGAGUCAUAACUGUGUCUUCUCUAUUUGAGGAUGUGAAAGUGGAUAAACGAGAUUCUUCAGACGAUGAUGACAAAACCAAACUGGUUGUCGGAGUUGUAAUUGGGCUCCUGGUCGCAGCGUUGGUUAUAGGCGUGGCCUACUGGAUGUACAUGAAGAAAUCCAAGCAAGGAAGCUGGAAAACUGGUGAGAAGGAGAAUGGGUCUUCUGAGGAGGAGAAGAAGUUGGAGGAGAAGAUGGAGGAGAACAGCCAGAAAGCUGACGUGUAGACAGAACCAUUUCUGAAAGAGUGAAGUGAAAGGUAGAGACCAAGUGAGGACGCAGAACUUUUGCACAUUUCUCUUCACCUCAGUUCUGGGAAACAUUACCGUUUAUUUGGGAUGACGACAGCUUGGAUUUGGUUUCAGGGACACUUUUACAAAUAAAAAAGAAAAAAAAAGCAUAAUCCAGACAUCCCUCACCCCCUCCACUAAUUAAACAAAAAGAAUGGAUACUGUAUGUGAUACAUAAGUCGUCUGCACUACUGAUACAUGUGUAAACUCCUCUACCAUUAGGAUUCAUGUUUAUUAGAAUAACAUUUUUUGCAAAGGGAGAACAUGCAGACCUUUCCUUUUGGGUUUCUUUUAGUUCGAUGGAAGUGAAGUUACUCCUAGACUCGUUGCCUUCGCCGUAAGGAUGCAGAGGCCUGCGUUAGUCUGUGUUUGACUCUUAGCUCUCGAGUACGUUGCGGGAGCUAAGAGAUGUUUCCAUUGCUUCUUAGUUUCAUGCCAUCUCAGGCCAGCCACCUCUGCCUUCAGUGUCAGUAGAUAGUAGUAGUAAAAUCUGUUUGUGCAUUUAUUUCACUUUGUAAAUUUAUCAGAUGGAAAAAUCGAUCAUGAGAUCAGGGCCUAGAAUGCCUCGAGAAAGCAUUCGUUUCCCCUUUGAGCCUUUCCAUAUUUUGUCAUCAUGUUGCAAUCACAAACUUAAAUGUGUUCUGUGGGACUUUUGUGAUAUUUGAACAAUGCAAUACCCUUGGACUUAAUUAAAGGGUGUCAGAUUAAAGGGGUCUGAAAAAGUCAAGGAUUUUUGGUCUAGCUUUUAGUCUUGGAAUAAGACAUUUUAACUUGUAUGGGAAAAUGUCUUUAGAUAUACACAGAUUCUACUGUUAUUCAACUAUACAUUUAAAUUGCACAUAUUGAAUAAGAAUUCAUUCCAAGGCUUGAGUAAUAAUAAAAUAAAUAAUAAUAACAAAACAAAAUCUUGUUCCACUGGUAGAUUAUUUCACCUACUAGUCUUUGUUCAUAAACACCGAGGAACUGACUUGAAACAAGCUCAUGUUUCUUGCCGAAAAGUUACUUGCAAGUUAGUUUUCCCUUAUUUUAAUUGUACCAAGAUAUUUGCACUCAAAACUAAACCAAAGAUACUUGACAAGAUUUUCUUUCUUGUUUUCAAGCAUUUUUUUAAAAUGAGUGGAUGACAUUAAAUCCCCCCAUAUCCCCCCAAGAAUACAGAUUAAAGUUUGUGGCGGUAACAUGACAAAUGUGGGGACAAAAUGGAGUUCUUUGGAUACUUUUACAAGGCACUGUAUGUUCUCAUACGCAGCAUUAGGUAAAAACGGCAAUAUGAUUUUCCAUGUAAAUUAGGAACUAGGUAAUUUGUCACAAAGCUGUGUGGUGUUAAUAAAUGUCUUUGGUUUUCUUUUUGUCUUACCAUGAGAUGAGAUUAUUUUUUGCUUUUCUUUUUUUCUUGUUUUGUUUGCUUUCUUACUGUCCGUGACCUGUGCGUUCGGCGUAACCGCGGCACAACACAAAGAAGGUAGAUUACUGGGAGAAUGUACAGCACCCGCUCGACUUGCUGGCUUUAGUUUCCGCUUCACGCAUCUCUCACAAAACGAUCCCGUCGGCCUGCAGUUACGAGAGGACGUGUUAGUUUGUGGGAACUUUGAGUCUGAUGUCAUCAGUUUUGCGCUCCAUCAGUGUUUGAGGAAUGAUUGUUUCUUAAGUAGCCAUGGCGUCACUUUGUGGAACUGGGGGAUGGAUAGGAUGCGCGUCUCAAAGUAGCCUUUAUGAUAUGUUUGCCUUCUUUUUAAAAAAAAAAAAACCUACCUGUAACUACUUAAGUUUGUUAUGUGCACUAGGGGUUCAUGUUUCAAGUGUGUGUAGAAUAGAAUGGGAUACGCGCAGCUGUACAUGUCACGAUUUUUGGUCCAUUUUAAGAGCAUUAGUCAAAACUGACAGGAAAAAAAUUGUUUUAACAUUGGGGAUGUAAUUGUGAAGUGUGUGAAUUUUAUUUUCUUUAUGCUAUUUAUAUCAUUCAAAAUUAACGAUCCUGGUAGGCGUAUCGAUUACCGUCACAUAUCUAUGAUUUAAACUGUCGCUAACUUGCUUGCAGACCUUACUUAAAAAAAACAAAAACAAAAGAGAUUAACUCAUCAGUAGUUUGCGUAGAGUCUGGUUGAAUUAUAUAUCAAGCAUGUUGUAAUCUCAGAUCUCCAAGCUGCUGUUUGUUGCCUACCUUGUGGAAAAAAAACCCCAACAACUAUCAAAUUGGAAGAAUGACCAAAGAAAGUGAACAUUGCCAUGCAAGUAUUGUAAAUAUCUGAUGUUUGUUCUUUUUGUACUUUUGUUUAAAAUAAAAUGUACAUUUUGAAAAGUUA